GUACAUACCGCCGCCCUCUUCUCCACAUCCCCAGUUGCCUUCCAUCAUCUCCUUGCUGGAUAAGUUGCACACCACUUUACGGAGAUUCAGCGCAGAAAUGAGCAAGCAAGCACCCAAAAGCAGGUCCGCGCCUACAAAGGUACCCGGGAUCUACAAGACGGACUCCGUGCGGGAUGUGGCGGAAUCUCUGAACAUUACCAACUUGCCGGACGUGGUAGCCUCUGCUUUGGCCAGUGAUGUGGAGUACCGGAUAUCCCAGGUGGUCGAGGAAGCUGCUCGUUUUAUGCGACACGCGAAACGCACAACACUGACCACCGCAGACGUCGACCAAGCACUACGGGUGCUUAACAUCGAACCGCUAUACGGCCACUUCCCGUAUAACCCUCCAACUUUCCGUCGUGCCCUCCCCUUUCCACAAAUGCCGUCAGCAGGUCCUGUCUACUUCAUUGAGGACGAGGAGAUUGAGUUCGACCGUGCUCUUCGGGAGGAAAAGGUCACCCUGCCGAAGGGCGUAACAUGGACCGCGCACUGGCUAGCCGUGGAAGGCGUGCAGCCGCUCAUACCAGAGAAUCCGCCAGCAGUCCCAAGAGAUAUCGACCCCGAGAGCGCAGCCGCGAAGCAAGGGCUGUCCACAAGCGCAUCUGGCUCCAUAUUCCCUCCAACGCCACCCUCUUCAGACCGCCCGUCGCCAAUACAGGCCUCGAAACAGCAACCACAGCAACACAUCGCAGUCAAGCAGGUGCUCUCGCGCGAGCUCCAGCUAUAUUACACGCGCCUCACGUCAUCGUUGUUACCACCCUCUUCCGACUUUGCAAAACGCGCGGCUGCACUAGCGAGUUUGCGACAUGAUGCAGGUCUUUCCCCCCUUCUGCCGUAUCUGGUCCGAUGGGUAGGACAAGGCGUCGUAGAUGCGCUUCGAAGCGGAUCACAGAACGAGACCGACGGCAAAGUUCUCGACGUAUUGCUGGACGUCAUAGGCGCUCUGUUAGACAACCAGACCCUCGGUGUUGAGCCAUAUCUCCAUCAACUCCUGCCGUCUAUAUUUUCCAUCCUCUUGCACUCCGCUCUUCCUCCGUCACAUGCCGCCCACCUGCGUAACACGGCCGCGCAAAUCCUCUCCCACCUUCUCACCCACUACUCGACGACAUACCCAGGGCUGUCAUCACGUAUAGUCAAAACCCUGAUUGUCGGUCUCAUCGGUGAGGGGAAGAGCAGGUCGACACGUGAGGGUGCCAUUCGCGGUCUCAUGGGAAUUGGCAAAGAAGCCGUCAGGCAGGGCCUGGUCAAGCACCACGGCGCGAAGAUAAUAGGGGACGACUGCAUGCCUGGGGAGUCCAGUUCGCUCGUCGAGCUCGUGAUGACGGACCGGGUCAAACAGGAGGGCUUUAGGUUGAUACACUCACCGUCGAGGCAGCCCGUGCCGCUGAACGCGGACUCGGGCGCGGACGCGUCGGUGAUAGAGGACCUGCGCAGCCAUCUCGGUGCCUUUUUCGCAGAGCGCGUUAUCGGCGACGCGGCGUGGGCGCGAGGGAUCCUCUCCGACGAUGCUCCUUCGGCGUGA